UUGUGGCAGCUUGCCGUGCACUUGCAUAUAAGUCGAACAAUUUCAUAAUUUGAGUUUAGUUUGCAAACGAAUAUACGAAUAUAGGCAAAAUGUCUAUUAAACUAAAGGCAAACGUUAACAAUCCACCCAUAAGCGGUUUGGCAACGGCGCAUUUGAUCAACUCAUCGGUGCCCGUGGAAAUUGUUUGGAGCAAGGAAACCUCGUUGCAGUUCCCGGACAACCGCCUCCUGGUUUGCCACUCGAACAACGACGUGCUGCGCGCGCUGGCACGUGCUGCACCCGAUCACAAGCUAUAUGGCGAGACGGCGAUUGAGCGCACACAGAUCGAUCACUGGCUGUCGUUCUCGCUCACCUGCGAGGAUGACAUAUCGUGGGCCAUGUCCUUCCUGGACAAGUCCAUUGCGCCCGUUACGUAUUUGGUUGCCAAUAAGCUGACCAUUGCCGACUUUGCCCUGUUCAAUGAAAUGCACUCGCGCUACGAGUUCCUCUCCGCCAAGGGCAUACCACAGCACGUGCAGCGCUGGUAUGAUCUGAUCAGUGCCCAGCCCCUGAUACAGAAGGUAUUGCAAUCCCUACCGGAGGAGGCGCGCGUCAAGCGUAGCACCAAUGAGCCCGCGGCAAAGAGCGGCGAGCGCAAGCAGGAGGGCAAAUUUGUCGAACUGCCGGGCGCUGAGAUGGGCAAGGUUGUAGUACGCUUCCCGCCGGAGGCUUCUGGUUAUUUGCACAUUGGACACGCAAAGGCGGCGCUGCUCAAUCAAUACUACGCCCUGGCCUUCCAGGGUAAACUGAUAAUGCGUUUCGACGACACCAAUCCUGCCAAAGAGACUGUAGAAUUCGAGAAUGUCAUACUCGGGGAUCUGGAGCUGUUGCAGAUCAAGCCGGACGUCUUCACGCACACCUCCAACUACUUUGAUCUCAUGCUUGAAUACUGCGUACAAAUGUUGAAGGAGGGCAAGGCCUACGUGGACGAUACGCCGCCCGAGCAAAUGAAGCUGGAACGUGAACAGCGCGUCGAGUCCGCGAAUCGUUCCAACUCUGUUGACAAGAAUCUGUCGCUGUGGCAGCAGAUGCUGCAGGGCACCGAGGCUGGCCAAAAGUGCUGUGUGCGCGCCAAGAUUGACAUGUCCUCGCCCAACGGUUGCAUGCGUGAUCCGACCAUAUAUCGCUGCAAGAACGAGCCCCAUCCGCGCACAGGCACCAAAUACAAGGUCUACCCUACCUAUGACUUUGCCUGCCCUAUUGUGGAUGCCAUUGAGAAUGUGACGCACACACUGCGCACCAUGGAGUACCACGACCGAGACGAUCAGUUCUAUUGGUUUAUCGAUGCACUUAAGCUGCGCAAGCCUUACAUCUGGGAAUACAGUCGGCUUAAUAUGACGAAUACGGUGCUGUCGAAACGGAAGCUCACCUGGUUUGUGGAAUCGGGCCUGGUGGAUGGCUGGGACGAUCCACGUUUUCCCACGGUGCGCGGCGUCAUACGACGUGGCAUGACGGUCGAGGGGCUCAAGGAGUUCAUCAUUGCCCAGGGUAGCAGCAAAUCGGUGGUCUUUAUGAACUGGGAUAAGAUCUGGGCGUUCAACAAGAAGGUCAUUGAUCCCAUUGCGCCACGUUACACGGCCCUCGAGCACGACAAGCGUAUCAUUGUGAACGUGGCAGGUGCCAAAUUGGAGAAGGUACAGGUGCCUGUGCAUCCCAAGGACGAGAAACUCGGCACAAAGACGGUCACAUUGGGUCCGCGCAUUUACAUUGACUAUGCGGACGCUGAGGCGCUCAAAGAGGGCGAGAACGCGACCUUCAUCAACUGGGGCAAUUUGCUCAUCAAGAAGGUGCACAAGGAUGCCAGCGGCGCCAUCACCUCGGUGGAUGCAGCGCUUAAUUUGGACAACAAGGACUUUAAGAAGACCCUGAAACUCACCUGGCUCGCUGUAGAAGACGAUGCCAGCGCCUAUCCGCCCACGUUUUGCGUCUACUUUGACAACAUCAUCAGCAAAGCGGUCCUGGGCAAGGACGAGGACUUCAAGCAGUACAUCGGCCACAAGACGCGCGACGAAGUCCAGAUGCUCGGCGAUCCCGAGCUCAAGAAAUGCAAAAAGGGCGACAUCAUUCAGCUGCAGCGUCGCGGCUUCUUCAAGGUGGACAACGCAUAUGCCCCGCCCAGUCGCUACACAAAUGUCGCCUCGCCCAUCAUACUCUUCUCCAUACCCGAUGGCCACACAAAGGACAUGCCCUCCUCGGGUCUUAAGGUCAACGCUGCUCUGACGCCGGCUGCCAAAACAAAUGCUGCCAGCAAUAAGACCACGAAUAAUACGGCCGAAUUGGACAAAAAGAUUGGCCAGCAGGGCGAUCUGGUGCGCGAGCUGAAGGCCAAGAAGGCAGCCAAAGACCAAAUCGAUGUUGCAGUCAAGCAACUGCUCAGCCUGAAGGAGGACUACAAGGCAGCUAGCGGCAAGGAUUGGAAGCCAGGACAAGCUGCACCCGCUGCUGCACCUGCCACAGGUGCAACCAAUAACGACGCAGUUGCCGUUAAUGCCAGCAUUGUCAAGCAGGGAGAUCUGGUGCGCGAGCUGAAGAACAAGAAGGCGGCCAAGCCAGAAAUUGACGCAGCUGUCAAGCAAUUGCUGGAGCUGAAGGCUCAGUAUAAGACUCUGACUGGACAGGAUUGGAAGCCAGGCACCGUAGUCGCAACUCCUGCCUCCACUGCAGCCUCCACAGACGUUGCCUCUGUGCUGGCCCAAAUAGCUGCCCAGGGCGACAAGGUGCGCGAUCUGAAGACAGCCAAGGCGGACAAGGCCGCAAUCGAUGCCGCUGUCAAGACGCUACUCAGCUUAAAGGCCGACUACAAGCAGCUCAGCGGCAGCGACUGGAAGCCAGGUACCACAGAGCCUGCCGUCAUCAAGGUUAAGCAGGAAAAGUCACCGGAACCCGUUGCGGCCAGUGCCGUGGCCACAUUGCUGGACAAGAUCGCGCAGCAGGGUGACAAGAUACGACAACUGAAGUCGGCGAAGUCGGAAAAAUCGCUGAUCGACGCCGAGGUAAAGCUGCUCUUGGCUCUGAAGACGGACUACAAAAGUCUGACUGGUCAGGAGUGGAAGCCAGGCACCGUAGCGCCCACGGCUGCAGCAGCUGCACCUGUUGCGACCGUUGACCUGACUGCUGACGACGAGCCCAGCGUUGGCGGCGGCGACAUUGCCAGCAUCUUGGCCAAGAUUCAAGCGCAGGGCGAUAAAAUUCGUCAGCUAAAGUCGGCAAAGGCAGCCAAGGCCACAAUCGAUCCGGAGGUACAAACGCUGCUGGCUCUGAAGGCGGAUUACAAAAAGCUAACGGGCAAGGAUUGGACACCCGACGCCAAGGUCGAGGCUAAAGUGGAGAUGGCCACGUCGGAGAAGGAGCAGCUGACGCUGGACAUUAAUGCGCAGGGCGAAAAGGUGCGCAACGCCAAGGGCAGCAAUGCUGCGAAGGAUGUCAUCGACGAGGAGGUGCGCAAGCUGCUGGCGCUUAAGGCCAAGUACAAGGAGGUUACGGGCACCGAUUUUCCCGUUGCUGGUCGAGCUGGAGGGGGCGGCGGCGGCGCCGUCAAGAAGGCGCCCAAAGAGCCACAGCAGAAGGCGGCAAAGCCAGCCAAGAAAGAAGCGGCAGCUGCUGUUGCUGCCAAACCAGAUGCCGCUGCUGGCGUGAAGAAACAAACCCGUUUGGGUCUGGAGGCGACGAAAGAGGACAAUCUGCCGGAUUGGUACUCGCAGGUGAUAACCAAGGGUGAACUGAUUGAAUACUACGAUGUGUCCGGCUGCUAUAUACUGCGCCAUUGGUCCUUUGCCAUUUGGAAGUGCAUCAGGAACUGGUUCGAUGCGGAGAUCACGCGUAUGGGCGUCAAGGAGUGCUACUUCCCCAUUUUUGUAUCAAAGGCGGCGCUGGAGCGUGAGAAGACCCACAUAGCGGACUUUGCCCCAGAAGUGGCCUGGGUAACCAAGUCGGGUGAUUCCGACUUGGCCGAACCAAUUGCUGUGCGUCCCACCUCGGAAACUGUUAUGUACCCCGCCUAUGCCAAGUGGAUACAAUCCUAUAGAGAUUUGCCCAUCCGCCUCAAUCAGUGGAACAAUGUUGUGCGCUGGGAAUUCAAGCAUCCGCAACCAUUCCUGCGCACACGCGAGUUCCUCUGGCAGGAGGGCCACACGGCGUUCGCCAGUAAGGCCGAGGCCGACAAGGAAGUUCUAGAGAUUUUAGAUUUAUACGCGCAAGUCUAUACGGAUCUGCUGGCCAUACCCGUCGUGAAGGGGCGCAAAACCGAAAAGGAGAAGUUCGCCGGCGGUGACUAUACCACGACAGUGGAGGCAUUCAUUUCGGCCUCGGGCCGUGCCAUUCAGGGUGCGACCAGUCACCACUUGGGCCAGAACUUCUCCAAGAUGUUCGAGAUUGUGUACGAGGAUCCGGAGACGCAGCAGAAGCAGUAUGUCUACCAGAACUCGUGGGGCAUUACCACGCGCACGAUUGGCGUCAUGAUUAUGGUGCAUGCGGAUAAUCAGGGCCUGGUGCUGCCGCCGCAUGUGGCCUGCGUGCAGGCUAUUAUCGUGCCUUGCGGCAUUACGGUGAACACCAAGGACGAUGAGCGCGCCCAGCUGCUGGCGGCUUGUGACAAGCUGGAGAAGCGUUUGAAUGGCGCCGGCGUGCGCUGCGAGGGCGAUUACCGUGACAAUUACUCGCCCGGCUGGAAGUUCAAUCACUGGGAGCUCAAGGGUGUGCCCAUACGCAUCGAGCUGGGCCCCAAGGAUAUGCAGGCCAAACAGAUUGUCGCUGUGCGCCGUGACACCGGUGAAAAGCUGACCAUUGCCCUGGCCGAUGUGGAAAAGAAAAUUCCCGCUCUGCUCGAAACCAUACACGAGAGCAUGCUAGCCAAGGCGCAGCUGGAUCUGGUGUCGCACACGAAGAUUGUCAGCAACUGGACCGACUUCUGCAACCAGCUGGAAAACAAGAAUAUGCUGCUCGCCGCCUUCUGCGGCGACACGGCCUGCGAGGACAAAAUCAAAGCGGACAGUGCACGCGGCGAGGAGGCCGAACCCGGCGCACCGGCCAUGGGCGCCAAGACGCUGUGCAUACCCUUCGACCAGCCCGCGAAGAUUGUCGACAGCGACAAGUGCAUCAAUCCCGCCUGCACAAACAAGCCCAAGUUCUACACGCUGUUCGGACGCAGCUACUAAACGAUUGAAUAUAUCCAUUUGUCAUUGUUCUCCAUAUUUUCAAGUCAGGACUCUAAUUUUCAAAAAUAGUUUUAGCUGUUAAAACUUUAAUCUAAUUGCAUGAAUUUUGUUUCGAUAAAAAUGCUCUAAUUUAAUUCGUUGCGAAUUUCUGUUUUGUUUUUAAAAUAUACAUACCAUAUAUCAAUCAUAUAUAUAUAGUAGAGUCUAUCUAUAUACACAUAUUACUAAAUGGAAUUUCAAGAACGGGUUAUAUGCUUUGUAAUCAUAAGGAAAUAUACAAAUCGAAAGUGGUUCCCAGUCGUAGUUAAGCUUUCAGCCGGAUAUUCGGUUCAAAAAAAAGCACUCAAUAAAUUUAUCGAUUUCUGCAUAGAGUAGGCGGUUAUCGAUAAUUUAUGUUAAAAUGAUUUCCGCGUGCCGUUGGGGGAACUCACAUUUGUGACUCACGCGUUCGAUCGAAUCGACUUAAUGGAUUCGGAAAUGCGACUUUGUAUCUAUUACAACGAGUCGAGUACUCAUUUAAAUUUUUUACAUAGAUGAGUGAUUCGAAUGUAAUUGAGUACAUAUUGAGAUUUCUACUUAGAUCCU